UAUUGUUGAUGAGAGUUUAUAACUUAAUAAGAUAAUCAUGGAAUGUCCUAUCUGUUAUAUUUCUUAUGACGCGAAAGAUCAUACUCCGAAGCUACUGCCUUGUGCCCACACAUUUUGCCAGACCUGCUUGAACUCUCUGAAGGAAAGAUCAGAGAAAAUUUCAUGUGCAUUAUGCAAGAAGGAGUGGGUCAUGAAGAGUAAGAGGUUCAGAACCAACUUCGCACUUCUUGGCAUGAUCGAGCUUUGGAAUGACCAGAGGGAACGUCUCAGAAAAGCUGAAAGUCAGCUCAACAAAAUUUCUAUCCAGCAGCAACCUACUGGGACUAGGGGAGCUGAUAUAACUCUGCCAGAAGGAAAGAAAAGGGAGAAAUUGGUCAUUAAGCCAUCCAGGAUCAGAACCUCUCCAAAGAUGUCACGACAAGUUGAUCUCAAGUUUGGAUUCGGCGAUGGUGAUGGAUCUGAACCUCUGUGCAAUCAAGAACAAGAGCAAACUGAUAAGAAGGUUGUAAGGACCAGGCUGCCAAGGCCUCGAUCAAGAAAGAAGAUCAAUCCAAUAGGCUUGUAAUCUGUAUAGACCUUCUUGUUUCUGGUGUAAUCAUAAUUUAAAUCAUAGUGAUUUCAGAAGAGCUUUUCCUACCGAUCUCUGCUCUUCAGCAUUGAUUCUACGAAAUUACAUCUCUACGUACACCUUCCAACCUAGUAAUGAAUUUGGGCCCCUGGUGUUACGAUCUCUGUAUAGAAAGUUUU